ACUAUCUAAUUUAGUUGAAUUAUAUAUAAGCGUCACUUUGUGAUUAUGUGAUACACAAGUGUGUACACAUCGACGCCAAUCAAGUACCUAAUAAAAAUGUUGAGGUUUCUACAAUUCUGUAGCAUCUUCGCGGUGUGCUAUGCUGGAUCUAUUGGAUCUAUUUUACACGGUGGUUUUGGUGACGGCGGCGGUUUCAAAGGGUUGUCUACCGGUGGCAGUUUUGGAAGUUACAGUGGGGCAUCGCUAGGUAGUUUCGCCGGUGGUGCAGGCCUAGGAGGACACUCCGGCGGUGCGAGUUUACUUGGCGCAGGCUACGGCGAUGCCAGUUCCAGUUAUGGAGGUGGUAGCUUUUCAAGUGGAAGUUUCGGAGGUGGCGUAGAAAGUCAAGGUGGAUAUUCAUCUGAUUCGUUCGGUCAAGGAUUUGGUCAAGGAGGUGAGGGAGCUGCUUUAUCAAUAGGACAUGGCUAUCCGGCUAGUUCCGGGGGUGGUUUUGGAGGGCAUAACGCGAACUUAGGCGGACAAGGUUUCGGAGGUGGAGACUAUCACGGAGGUGUCAGCGUAGUCGGUGGUGGUGGUGGUUCAGGGGGACCCAAAGGAACCACUUUUGACUUAACUGGCGGACAAGCACAAGGAGGUCUAUUUGGAGGCACGAUUGUUUCUCACGAAAAACACAGUGGUGGCAGUCAGGGUGGACACGGAUUUGGCCAGGGAGGGCAUAUUGCAGCUGUUAGUGAGGGCGCAGAAGAUUUGGGAGGAUACGGUGGACAUAGCAUCGGUGGAAUAGGCGGAAUUCAAGCCGGAGGACUAGGUGCUUAUGGAGGAGGCUCCAGUACUAGCUACUCUAAUGUUUUGUCGUCUAGUUUCAAAGGAGGAAGCUUACCUUCAUUUGGAGGUCAUCAUUACUGAAUGUGUCUUUACAGUUGUAUAUAUUUAUUUCUCAUUGUUAUUUUGUUGCUGUUAUAAUUUUUUAUAUUAAACCAAACCUC